AUGGCCGAAUCCCCGACUCAUUCGCCGACAACUUUCACCGCCACCACCAACACCGCCGCCGCCGGCGAGCACAAACCCGUGAUUAAUGGUGAAGGUGGUUAUCCAACGAAUUCAUCGUAUGUAUCAAACGAUCGCUUCUUUCCCUCCCAUCAGUUGUUAUUCUCAGAAGGCAGGAGAUCGAUUGCCACUCGAGAAGUUGAACGAAUCGGAAAUAACUCAUUUCCACGGGAUCGAUCUCACAGCCUGCCUGCAAUUUCCCUCAAUUCUGUACGCCAUUUUACUCACUUGCAUCAACUCGAUUCGGCUAGGUAUCCCACGGCUCCCUACUCGACAUCCACCUCCGCAUCAACACCAUCAUACAUCCCCUCCAACGGCAUGCACAUGGAUCGACGAUCAAGUCUCGGUGCUAGCGUGCCGGUGUUGCCAAUCCUUCAUCAGCCUUUUGCCUCUCACGAUACCAAGGUUCACAACCUACCUCACCAGGACCUGUCGGCUGCCAAUGGCUCGGCCGAGCAACAAUGGAACAACAAUAAUUCCCCAUUUCCGUUUGGCUCUUACGCAAAGCAGGCAAAAGGGUUUGAUGAGAAGGCGAUAGAUCCCACCUUCUUCACGGAUCCCUCGAUGGUCAAACCAUCCGGUCCGAGUACCACCGCUCCAAUAGGUUACUACGGUCAAGGUUCAAUAUAUGAUCGGAAUGUGAUGUCUCAACACCCAGGUGGUUUUCCCACCCCACAAGAUUAUUCAAUGAUAACCGCCGGCAGAUUCGCCAACGGCGCCAUGAAUUCAAUGUCCGCCGCAAAUGGUAACGGUACUAAGCAAUCGCCGAAUCAGUCAAGGCCUCCACCGGUCCCCGCGCCUCAAACGAUGAUGACAACCUUCAGUUCGAAGACCGUCUCAUCAACCCCAAAGAGGUACAAGUGCAAUGUGUGUCAGAAAAGGUUCACGAGGCCAAGUUCACUACAAACUCAUAUGUACAGUCACACCGGAGAGAAACGUGAACGUUCGAUGAUCUUUCCUAUUAGAACAUUGGAAAUUUUAAAUCAAAAAUCCUAUUACAUCAUCAUUGAAACUUUAAACGUGGAUCUCAAU